AUGUCUAUGUCCUCUCCCGCCACUGCUGCCAGAGUUUCCUCCCCUGAGCCCUCGUCCUCGUGCUCGCGCCCCAGUCGUCUGCGCCGCUUGAGCAACCUCCGGGCGUACACUCACUCCCACCUGUCUGGCAACUCAGCUAGUAGUGGCCACCGCUCGUAUCGAAACAGCCUGACGCGGGCUGUUGGCCUGUCAUUGCAUUCCGCUUCUCCUCCAGCCUUGUCUGCCACAGACACUGCACCUCCUAUAGAUACUGCGGCUGCUGAUGCAACUGCUACUAGUGCUGCUACAACUACUCCGACGGCGACGACGGCGACGACUGCGACUGCUGCAGCUACUUCUACCACUGCUACCACUACUACAGCAGAUGUCCCGAGCCUGACCCUUCAAGACUAUCUCCCACCCUCUACAGCGCAGACAUCCGGCAUGGCACGACAUCGGAACAUAGUACGCAUGGAUGUAUCCGGAGUCAACCAGGACCAGUCGCAACACCCGUCGCCAUCGCCGUCAGCUUCCCGGAAUCGCAGUGAAACCACUCCCGAACACUCGACUGGUACGACCCGAAACACGACGCUAGGGAAUAUGGAGUCUCCCAGCAGACGAGCAGGCGCUACUCCUCUGCGGUCCUCUCCAGAUCUCUGUUUGAAAUCCGACCCCCCAAAGCCCGCCAUACGUUUCUAUGCAUAUCAAGACCCUCAUCAGAACUCACGACCCUCGCUACCUUUCACAACCACUUCACGAACCCUGCCGAACGAGUCUUCUGUAAUUCGAGUGGGGCGGUAUUCCGAGCGUGACGGGAUUGCUGUCCACAAUCCAACCGAACCAUCCGAUGCCCCAAUUGGCUUUAAAUCCAAAGUCGUGAGCAGGAGACACUGCGAGUUUUCCUUUGUUAAUGGCCAAUGGCAUAUUCGGGAUGUGGGGAGCUCCUCGGGAACUUUCUUGAACCACAUGCGCCUAAGCCAACCCAACAUGGCUUCGCGGCUCUAUGCCGUGAGAGAUGGCGAUAUUCUGCAACUAGGAAUUGAUUUCAGGGGCGGCGAGGAGAUGAUUUUCAGAUGUGUACGGAUGCGAAUCGAAUGCAAUCGGACGUGGCAGCAACAAGCAAAUGAAUUUAACAAAAAUACAGCGGCUCUAAUCAAUAACCUGGGGAAGGGCAAGAACGCGGCAGAUUAUGCGGGUAGCAGGGAAUGUUCCAUAUGUCUUGGUUCAGUUUUGCGUCCCUAUCAAUGCCUUUUUAUGGCGGCUUGUGCUCAUGUCUGGCAUUACAAGUGCAUACAUCGCCUCAUCCACACGCCAGAAUACCCCAUGUUCCAAUGCCCAAACUGCCGUGCAUAUACAGAUCUCAGUGCAGAGGUAGACGAUUCGAACGACCCCUUUGAGGACGAGACACAUCCGGAGCCUCUCAAGUCCCAAGACCAGCCUGCACAGGAUUUUCCCGACAACACAACCGCCGCAACCACAAACCCCGCCGCCGCCAAAUCUACAGGCGAGAGAUCCGCUUCGUCACCGAAUGGCCAUAACCAUCAUAGGCAGACAAGUGAAGACCAUGACAACCUAGCCGCUGCAGUCGACAUGAUGAACCUUGAUGAGACCCCUUUAGCAACCCCACGAGCCGGAAACGGAGUUCCGAGGCGAACGAGCUCGACCGCGAAUGCGGACCUUAAUACUCCGGAUGUAGGUAUGGCAAAUGGAAUAAGAAACGAGGCGGCGGGCCAUGGAUUCGGCGAGACGAUCAUGCGCAGUUCCAACAUCGACAUACCCCAAUGCUUGCGGCCUCCCGAUGGUCGUCGAUCACAGCAACCCCGGCAUGGUGAUAAUGUCGGUGGCGGUGCAGGUGCAGGUGGUAAUGAUAUGUUCGAAGAUACCCCAUUAACGCCACGGAACGAUCUUGGUCCUUUAGCAUUUGACGGUCGUGCUGGCCGGUUGUAGUUUUUUCCGUUAUCUAUUUUUUUUUUUUUCCUAUUUGCUCAUGGCGUUCCUUUUAUGCUUUGCUUCUUCCUGCACUUGCAUCAUAAUUUUUCUUUUACUUCGUUUACGUCACUUUUAUGCCAAUCACUUGGGUUCAAGUAGUUUGACUUACUUUUUUCUCCUGUCUCCCCCCCUUCCUUUUAAGCUAUCUUUUCUUUUUCCAUCCACUCUUUUUAAAAACCCUCACUGCAUCAACUUUUACGAAUUGAUUGAUUGCAUUCACAGCAUUUUCCAUUCGUCAUCUCCAAAUAGCAUUUAUCUGCUUCGGUUACAUGGUGCUCCUUCCUCUCAAUCCAAAAACCCAGCCAGCCAAAUAGCGACGCGCAACUAAACAGAUAUUCUACUCCAAUGGGGCUUGACUGGGCCGGGCAAUGUGAUGUGGCUCUCUCUAUCCUCCUCCCUU